UGUAAUACAAGGUUGUCCCUCAACAGUCGCCGUACUUUCACAUGACUCUCUUUGCGUGUGACUGACUUACAUUCCUCUAGUUUUGUUCCUCUUGUCAAACUUUUUUUCUUUUUUUUUUUUUUUUAGCGCGGACUAACCACAACAAACCCUGAAACUUGGCUGUAAUUAUUUAAACUUUUUCCAUCCGCAUCACGAAUUUGUUUUAGGAUUUUCAGGGCACAAAAUGUUGCUUUGCAGCAUCUAACGCGGGCUGGGGCUACAUGGCAGUUUUGUGUUUUAUUGGCGGAGACCUGAAAGAACUGAUGGCAGCGUAAUACAUCCAUUUGGACCAUGGCGGAACUUCUUCCGCCGGAAUCGAGAGGGUGUAAUUUAUUUUUCCUGUAUGAUGGCUCCAAGGUGAAGGGAGAGGGAGAUCCGACGAGCAAGGGGAUCUGUUAUUUCUAUCCAGAAGAGACCCCCAUAGAAAAGCAGGAGCUACUUUGUGGCCAACUUGCCGGAGUGGGCCGUUGCAUUUCGGAGCUUUCUUCCUCCCCUGUGCGCCUUCUGACACUGCGUCGCCACAAAUUUGCAAUCCACAUGAAAGAGGAAUUCUUUUGGGCUCUGGGCUCCUCCAUGGAAACUCCAACUGUCAGUGUCUGUGAGCUAUUGAAUAAGAUAAUAAACCUCUUUUGUUUCUACAAUGGCUCUGUUCGCCAGAGCUACCAGCUUCAUAGUCAGGAAACCUUGGCUGCUCGUUGGUCACAGUACCUGUCAUACCUGCUAGCUGGACCUUCUGAGCUUCAUCAUGUCUUCAGCUCCUUGACCACUAUUGACUCGACAAAUGUUGACCCGCUUCUGCUGCUUAAAGCCGCCCUCAUUCUGCAGGCCUGCCAGCGCUGCCCCCUAGUGUUGGCGGGCUGUAUUCUUUUCAGAGGAAGAGUCGUGAGCACGCAGAUGUCCCCAGAUGUUACCAUGAAAAUUAUGGCUCAUGAGAGUGAAACCUUCAAGGCGCAAUCGCCCACAGGCCCAAACCCAUCCAGCUUAUUUGGCGAUGCCGUCAGCUCUACUUCUGUGUUCCUCACCAUGUUUGAACUUCACUACCUGCAGUCUGCUCCUGUUGACAGAGAAUCAUGGUCCCAGGCUACUCCGAGGAAAGACUCUUCCCUACAUCACAGCCUGUCAAGGACGCCAUCGGACACGGUCUCUUCCGAGUCUGUGCCUUCAGAUCCACCUUCCUCCCAAAAGGGAACCUUAAGCCCUCGCUCGUCUGCAUCGGACAACUCCGAUUUCAGCCGGGUUCCGUCGCAAAGCGCCACGGAACCCGUCUGCCCAGCACCCAAUAAAGAUGCCUCUCUUGAAGCUGAGGACAAAGUUCAACAAAGUUCCACCGAUGAUACCUUUCACAGCAGCGGAGGGGACCGAAGCGACUCUGAGCACAACGCAACCUCGCACCUCAGUGGAGAGGAUGGAGGCGCAUGCUGUGGGACAGUAUUUGACUCUGGAGACAAAGAGCACUGCAAUGAGGAACCACACAAUGGCAAAUUAGAAGGGUCAAAUACAGGUGGCGGGGGGACCUAUGCUACCCCCAUCGACCCGGAUGAAACCCCCCUGGUUCCUAUGACGCUGUACCUGCACAGGGUCAAGGGGCUCGUGCUGGCCCUGCUGGUGGAGCCUCACUUCUUAUGCGACCAAGCUGCCAUGGAGGAAGUGUAUCACAGCUGCUUAGCGUCGCUAAACGGCCUGGAGGCCCAUCUGAGAAGCAUCUCUCCGGGGGCGCCGGGCACCGCAGGACCCUACAUCUUCGCCCACUUUGACUGCGCCCAGAGCACGCUAACAACCAACCUGUCUGGUCGACCUGGGGGAGCCCCCGAGCGUCCUUUUGUCAGAGCCGCAUCGCUUCUUCACUCGCAUUUCUGUAACACUGAAACUCUGCAGGAGGCUAUUAUCAGGAACGCCACCACCGCUGUGUACGGGGUUCGCAGCGCGGCCCAGGAGACUUAUUUCCUGCAGUACGGCGUCACGCUGAGGAACUCGGGCAUCCCCAACCACCAGGACAGCGCAUUCUCCUUGCCCAGCAAGGCUCGGCACAGACUCCUCAAACAUGGCGUUAACCUGCUCUGACGUGACAGCGCCUCUGCAUUUCACAGCAGGACUAUUUCUAAGUAUUUAUAGCCUUUUCAACAUGCGUUUUAGUCAACCUGAAUGUCAAAUAUUUACACAGGCUGUUACUGUAUUCUCACUCACCUUAUUUAAAUGAUGCUUUGCACUGGAAAUAAUAAUAAACGUAUUAAGUCAGCGAGUCACAAUUUCAGGUAUUGUACAUUACUUUGUGGCUUAUUUAUAAUCAUGAUCUCAGUUCUUCAACGGUGAGCUCACAUUUGCCAGACAUUUUCCUCAUUUUUCUGAUAAGAGAUCAUCAAUAUAUUGAUGACACUGACUACAUUUACAUGCAGUAAAUAUCAGGGUUCAGAUCAAAAUUCCGGUUUCUGAAACAUUCGGAAUAAGUUCUUUUACAUGACUGAGUGGAAAUCAUAUUAAUUCUAUUAUAAAAAAAAAACCUCUAAAUAUGUGGGUCUCUUUAUUAAACAGAAAAAUAUUAUUUCACCUCCAAUGUUCCUUAUACAGUAUUAGACAAAACUAUAUUUGAACCCCAUCCGUACUACUGCAAUGGAACGCAGUUCAACAUUUUUGCUACAUUUUCAAAAAAAUUUCAUGCUCUGCAACAGAGAGCGAUACGUAUUUUUUGCCCACAUUUUUAUCUCCCUGGAUCAUUAAGGUUCCCUGAGCUCAGUAUUUACCACAACGCCUGUUUAUUGUAUCAAGUCAUGAAUAAUUUGGACCCCUCAGCGAUCUUAUCCCUACUAACUCCUCUCUACAUGGACAUAACACCAGGAAUAAAGACGUCAUUGCCGGGAAGAAGUGAAGGCUUAAAACAACCAUCAUAACUGCUAUGUUUUAUGGUGCACAGAUCUGGAACCGGCUUCAAACCUGCCCAAUCUCUCUUCAUCUUUAAGAGAACAUUAAAUGUGUCAGAAUCUACUGACUGGGAUCAA